GGCCUCUAGUACUUAUAUAUAUAUGCGCGAUAAGCUGCACCGGGUAAGUGAAACUUAUUCGACGUGUACCGAACUGAAUUAUCGUUGCUAAAACGAUCGUCGUGGCGUUUCCGAACUUCCGAAGCGUGGAUUAUUUAUUCGCGGGAUAUUCCCGCUUUUUAACACGAGUUUUUGUAAAACCGUGUCAUUGACAACGCGAGCGAGAGAGGAGUCGUAUUAUCGCGCGCGCUCUCCACUUGUAUACCAGUGGAAAUUUCAAGUUUCUAUCUGUUAUACUGCAACCGACAGGAAUAAUACAUUUACGGACACGCGUUAUUGUCGUGAUCUUCGAUAAACGGCCGCGUGCUCCUUCCGAACGUACGAGGGGUAACCCCGGUAUACCAUGAAAAUUCAUCCAGCCGGUUCUCGCAUAACGUGCAAAAUAGACAAACGUCGAUUCGACUUCUCGAAACGUUGUUGUUUAGCGCUCUCUUUUUUUUUCUCCAUCGCCCCCCCCCCCCUCUUUGUAAUUAAUUUGAAAGAAAAAUCCCAUAGCCUAAACUGAAGAUCGCGAACAACGUUUCUCGACCAAAGAAAGAAAGAAAAAAAAAACAAAAAAAGAACAAAGAGAACCUUUGUGCAUCCAGAUCCAGAUGUUCGCGCGACCGCGUGGAUCGGCUGCGGCCGAAACUUGUUUUGUGUAACAAAUCUAUUUCGGAUGAAAAAAAACAACAAAAACGACGCAGAGGCGACUAUCCGAAGGCCAUAAAUCAGAUACAAACGUCCAUCAGAUUGUACUGCAGUUGUUGUACGCUGUACAUAGAGGAUUAAAAAAAAUAUCGUCGUUUUUUUCCUUUUUUUAAUAUACAAUCGUUUUUUCGGCUACGGUUUUAUCGGAUUAUCGUAUAUAUACGUAUAAAAUAUAAAACGAGUCACGUGCCGCGGUAUCAGCUGUCCGGAAAUUGUUGUUUCGCAAUUCUUUUUUAAUUUCGGAACGUUAUGAAUAAACGUACGGGUCGUAGUAAGCGUAACGCGCAGUGUGUAUUUGAAUAUUAUAUGGAAAAAAAAAAAAAAGCUCACGCGUGCAGGAAGUGACGCACGAUCUCGCGGUCUUCGUAUAUCUCUUUGUUUUCUCUCUUUCUUUGCCAUUGCACGGGUUUUGUUUUCCCCGUUGAGUAAAUUUGCCAUGAGAAUCCGUCGCUGAGCGGUAGAGCGGAUAACUCGUAACGACGAUAAAAUCGAGCGGUCCCGCUACUCGUAUCCUCCUCCUUCUGGAAUUCCGUCAGUUUUCCUCGAGAAAAUUGAAAAUUGCAGUCGCAUAAACGGAAUGCAAUCGCUGUUAUUCGCGACAUACGAUCGCGCUUGUAAAUGUGUCGGGAGUGAAUUAAAUCGCUCAGCUCAUCGCAAAUAAUUACGAGCGGCUGGCACGCGGAUGUUUUAUCGUUGAGCGUGUAACGCGCGCGAUCACCCCGCGCUACCGUUAAUGAAUAAUCAACAAAAGGCCCGUUUUCAGUAGACGCGAUAUACGUAUAUUUGAAGUAAGUUCUUAUCUAAAAAUGAUUCGCCCGUGCAACUAUACAUAGCUAGCCGUAAUAAUGGUAAGCGGCAGCGACGGAUUUUCAGUCAUGCUUGCCAGGGGCACACAAAAAUAAAAGGCGAGAAAGCCCGACCGCUCCGAUGUAACGUGUUCAGCCCGGUAUACGCGUGUGUGUAUAUGCACGUGGAAGUAAAUAGGUUUACGAGAUAGGGAAAAAAUUAAUGCCACGCGUAUCCUGCGGCCCGUCAGAUAUCGUAUCUCGAAUUUUAUUCAAUAACUACACGCUCUUCGAAAAUCGUUCAUUCGCUGCGUCGUAGCGGGAAAAAAGAGAGUCUCGAAGGUUUCGUUGCGAUUUUUUUAGCCCCCGAGGUCGACGCGUAUGUACGCCAAUUGGCGGAACACCGAGCUGAGAAAAAAGUUCGAAGCGAUCUCCCGUAGAAUAUUUCUUGAUUAUCCCACCAGACGCGGCUGUGGACGAGAUCUGAUUACAGGGAAAGAAUCGUCGAACGGCGAGAUCGCUGAAAAAACGUCGUUGGUGAGCCCCCAGAUAACUCCUCGAGUUCAGCCAGCGUCCACCGCGGUUUUUGCCGCCGGUGAUAUCGAGAAAACUACUGUCCCCGUCGGAAACGGUCUCACCGACAAGCAGAAUGCAAAGGCUGCCAGAGGAAGCGCGGUUCGACAAGUUCUCGCCGCCGUCGCAGCCCAACUUGGAACAAUCAACACCGGCAUGGUUUUUGGAUUUUCCGCCAUAGCUUUGCCUCAACUCAAAGCGCCCACAAGUGAGAUCCUGGUCACCGAAACCGAAGCCUCGUGGAUAGCCAGUAUCAACGCGAUCGGUACGCCUCUUGGCUGUCUAUUCUCCGGCUACUUGUCCGACGCUCUGGGAAGGAAAAAGACGCUUAUAAUAACGGAGAUCCCGGCGCUUUUGGGCUGGGCUUUGAUAACGUUCUCCACCGACAUAAACAUGAUGUACGCCGGACGUUUUUUCGUCGGUCUCGGCUCCGGAAUGGUGGGAGCACCCGCCAGAGUUUACGCCGCGGAAGUUACGCAGCCGCAUCUCCGAGGGAUGUUGACGGCCCUUUCGAGCGUCGGCGUUAGCACGGGGGUGUUCGUGGAAUAUUUACUGGGGGCCAUGCUGUCGUGGCGUAUAUGCGCCGGAAUAAGCGCUACCGUUCCUCUGCUGUCUCUGAUACUGAUAUUCCUGUUUCCCGAAACACCUUCGUACCUCGUGUCCCGCGAAAAACCGGACAAGGCGAGAAAAGCGCUGGGACGUCUCCGGGGGAGCACCUGCAACCUGGACAAGGAGAUGGACACGCUGGUCAGUUUCUCGAACAAAGCGCACGUCAAGAGGCUGACGGGACCGAAGGAGAUCGUCACGGCGUUAUUCAAGCCUAACGCCAUCAAACCCUUCAUAAUGCUGGCCCUCUACUUCCUCAUUUAUCAAUGGUCGGGAACGAACGCCAUAACUUUUUACGCGGUUGAAAUUUUCCAACAAUCCGGCGCCAAGAUGGACGAAAAAUGGCUCACCGUUAUUCUGGGCGUGAUAAGACUGGCGGCUACGGUAGCCGCUUGCGUUUUGUGUCGAAGAUGCGGACGACGACCUCUGACUUUCGUCUCGUCGAUAGGCUGCGGACUUUCAAUGGUAGGAUUCGGUGCUUACAAGCAACUGACCCUAGGAAUACCUCUGGCCGAAUUGAGCUCCUCGUAUUCGUGGUUUCCGGUAUUCUGCAUAUUCGCGUACACCAUAGCUUGCACCAUAGGAUUUCUCGUUAUCCCAUGGGUGAUGAUUGGCGAAGUUUAUCCCGUAGCAGUUCGCGGUAUAGUCGGAGGUAUGACCACAAUGACCGCUCAUUUGUUCGUGUUCACGGUGGUGAAGACUUUCCCGCUUCUCAGGGUAUCCUUAACGGAUCCGGGUGUUUACCUGUUGUACGGUUUCAUACCGCUGGCCGGUACCGUUUACUUUUACUUUGCACUGCCCGAAACGCAAGGCAGGUCUUUGCAGGAAAUCGAAGAUUAUUACUCAGGAAGAACAAGCACUUUGAGUAAAAGUAAAGUUACCGCUAACAAGCCUCCGGUUUUGGAGCCGAGAAAGGGGCAGCUUUUACCUUGAGAGAUUACACAAUCGACGCAUAAAUUUUGUACAUACGCAUAUUGUAUAAUAUUUUCAUUUUUAUUACUAUAACGUUCGAUAGGGUAUUCAUAGUUAUAACUAUAAAGAGAAUUAUAUUUUAUUCUACGAAGCGGGAUGAUAAAAAAAAAAAAAAACGAAACAAAUCAAACGAACGCUUCUUUGGUAGAAAUAUUUGACACGAUUUUUCAAUUGUGAUAUACCCCCCCUAUCCAUGUAAAAUAAUUCUAAUGAUAGUAAUAGACGAUUAUUUACAAUUUUCAAAUGAGUUCAAAAGGUUCUACACACCUUUCAGUCGGUGCCGAUGAAUGGACAAAAAAUUAGGCCAAACCAAGUUUCGGUUAAUAAAUUCGAACGAUGAACGCACAGGCUAUAUUUCUUUGUAGCUUUUUACGAUCGGUUAGAUUUGCGUGACAAACGGAGCAAGGAGAAUAAAACGGUGCUAAUGUUGAAGAUUAAAACGUGUAAGAAUUUUAUUCAUGUAUGUUAUAGCGUAGUUGAGACUAAAAUUGCUGCAGGUUUGAGCGAACAAAAAAAAAAAGAAAGAAAAAUAUACGUACAUCGCGUCGAAUAUUUGCUGGCCAUUUAGAAUCACUCAGGGAUUUAAGUAGGUAAAAUAAAAACGUCAGUAUCGAUGUAACGGUGAUUUUAUACAUUAGGUAUCGGAGUGCAUACGAUUUCACCUGCAGCGCGAUUGCAUUAAUCCAUUACUUGGCUCUUUCAGUACCUGCCGCUGAGUGCAUUACAAAUGAAGAGAAAGUAUACAAAUUAAAACAUCUCUGUACAAAAAUUCCGUUCAGAUUAAAUUUAAUUAUUGACAUUGUGA